AUGGCUUCUAGCACUAAGCUUGUAGCUCUUGGCUUUGGUGUCCUCAUGAGCAUUGGGUUUGCGAAUGCUUCGAGAAUGUUGGCUAGCUCCUCCAGUGUCGGAGGUGGAGGCGGGGGAGGCGGAGGAGGUGGCAGCUCAUCAGAUGGGCCUAGUAGUGGAUGGGGUGAAGGGGUCGGACGAGGUGGUGGGUUGGGGUAUGGUGGUGACACUGGUGGAGAUGCCAAUAAGUAUAAUUUUGCCAAGGGAGCUGGUGGUGGAGGAGGAAAUGGUGCUGGUGGUGGUUCUCAAGGCGGAGCCGUAUCAGGUUCUGGUGGUGGAAAUGGUGCUUGUACGAGUGGAUCGGCACCAACCCCUUGUGGCAAUGGGUAUGCCAAUGCUGAUGGUGAGGGUGGUGGUGGUGGUGGAGGUGGUGGUGUAGAUGGGCCAAGCAGAUCUGGAGCUGGAGAUGGUGCUGGCGAAGGAUAUGGUGAAAGUGGCAUAGCAACCGCACCAAUACCUUUUGUUGGUGGUGCUAGCUACUCUCAUGUCAAAGGUAGUGGUACUGGCGGUGGUGGUGGUGACGGUGGAAAUGGAGGUGGUAAUGGUGUCGGAGGUGGACAUGCCGCCAGCGAUGACACCUUCGGAGGAAAUGCCAACGGAGGGGGUAGACGCAAUGGUGGUGGCCAAAGUGGAGGUGUAGCUCAAGGUCCAAGCAUAGGAGUUGGUUCUGGUUCUGGAUUUGGGAGUGUACAAACUAGUAGCACUGGCUCCUUUGGUCAGGGCUAUGCCACUGGAUUUGGUGGUGGAAAGGGUGGUGGCAUGGGUGGUAGCAACAACGGUAGUUUCGACAACGGUGGAGGCAGCGGAUCCGGAUCCGGCGGCGGCGGAUACCACUAA